AUGGCCCCCUGCCCCGGCUGGUUUGGCGCCGCGGUGUCGGAUGCCACGGCGAAAUCACCAGAGCUGCCAGCGUUUCCGUUUCCAGCAACGCUGGCCAAGGUGGUAGAGGAGCAUGUGAGCAAAGCUGUGGCGGCAAGGACGCAUGCCCUGCAAAGCAUUCGCGAGGCCACGGGAGCCGACGUCUAUGACGCGACACUAAAGCGGUUCCAAUCGAUGACUCUGGAGGCUGACUUCGAGUUUGACACAGGAUCCUAUCCCCUUCGCGAAGCACUGCUUGAAAGUUGCGGCUUUCCGAAGGACACGGAGCUCACGAGACUGCAUCUCCAUCCCGGUGCCAAGGAUCUGCUGCUGCGGCGCCUCACGGUCUCGACCGUGGACGGCGCCAACGGCGCCUUCCACGGCGCCUUCGACCGCUUCGUGCGCCAGGUCUGUGCCGAGGCCCUGGCGCGGCGGGCGGCGGAGGCAUGGCCAGGCUUGGACAGCAUCUACUACCAAGCAUUUCCCUGUUUGCGCAUCGUGCAGCCUGGAGAAUUCUCUAUUGGGCCACAUGCUGAUGUUGCUUAUGGACACCAUCCCUGCAGCAUGAACUUCUAUGUGCCCCUCACUCCCAUCAGCAAGACGUCUUCAUUGUUUCUGGAAAGCCGCAGUGGAGCAGCCGAUUGGCAUCCCAUUCUGGGGGACUAUGGUCAAGUGAAACACUUUGCAGGUGCUCUAUGUGCUCACUGGACCACAGAAAACAACACAGAAUGGACCAGGGUUUCCCUGGAUGUGCGAUUAAUUUGUGGGCCCACGUUUCAUGCACUGAAGUUUGCAGAUGGGAGCCAGGACCUCAAGGCUAAGCCCGGCUACUACCUCCAGUGCUUCCGGGGCCCCGGUGGCUGGCAGCGCUUCGAGCCGUUGCCGCGGCCGGAUGCGCGCUUCGGAUUUCCUUGGACGGUCAAGGAUUGGGAUAAGAGGCAGCGAAAGGCCAUGGAGAAGAUCCAUCAGAGAGAAACCAAGGAGUUGGAAUGA